AUGGAGCGGCGGCGAAAGGCUCUCCUGAAGGAGCAUCCUGAGUGGGGCCAGGCUCCCGCUCCAGUCGGUGUUCCUCGCAAACCAAGGCCGCAAAGACCUGUAGGCAGUACGCCUCUAUUUUCUCCAGACAGCCUCCCGAUCUCUAGACAGAGCGACGCACAAUCGGACAGACCCACAGCUCCCAGUGGAGUAGCGGAAUCCCAGUGCGCGCCACAAACCACAUCCCUCAAAGGCACACUCUCGUUUACGACGAAAGACUGGACACUGAACAUGCUGCUCCAAAACGGUAAACGCUUCAAACAGGUCCCUCGAGUAUCUGUGCUAGAUGGAGCCGAUAACAUGCAACGCGCUUUGGAGGAGCACGAGAUGCAUGGAACCCCCCUCAUAAUCGAGGGAUGGCAGGAGAGUGUAAAUUGGUCCACUAACCUCUUUAGUCCCGAAUGGCUGCUGGACCAUCACGGGUCUGACACUAUAUCUAUACGUAAUCUCCAUGAUCGAACCGACAAGGACGUCCAACUUGCCGACUUUUUAAAACAGUGCCGCAGUCUACCGUCCUUUACGACUGUCAAUGAAACCGAGCGGCCUUACGGAAAAGACAUGGUAUGUCCUCCACAAUGGAAGAAAUGGUUGGAUACCGAGAGCCUUCUGCCCCGAAAACUACUUCCACUAAGUCCUGGGGACCUUUUUAGACACCUUCCUGCAUCAGAAAGUGUCGAGUCGCUUAUGUGCUAUCUUGGCAUUGGUGAUACCUAUACUCCCUGUCAUAAGGAUCUAUGUGGCUCUUCAGGACAAAACCUCAUGUGCUACACCGAGAAUGGCGGCUCAUCAUUCUGGUUUAUGACUGCCUCUGAUGCUGCGCAGGACGUCUCCGACUACUUUCAACGUGAGUUGGGCCAGGAGCUCGAUUGGGAAACACACGUCAGCAGCGUCCAGGAGUUUGCCGACGCACCAUUUGAUGUGUAUAUUGCCGAACAGAGGUUCGGAGAUUUGGUGCUGGUACCGCCUAGAUGCUGUCAUCAAGUCGUAAAUCAUGGAGGGUUAACGAUGAAGUUAUCGUGGUCGAGGAUGACCGUCAAGGGAAUAGCACUAGCACUUCAUCACGAACUGCCCAUUUACCAACGCGUUGGUCGCUCAGAACUUUACCGUGUUAAAUCGAUCUUGUAUCGCUCUCUUCUUUACUUCACAGAUGAUUUGAAAAUGUUAUCUCGUAAAGGACCGCGUAGAAGAAGAGAGAUGGAGCCUGUUCAAUGCAAUCCUAUGCGAAUACUUCUCCAGGAUCGAAAUAAGGCGGUUCGCCUACUGUUAGACAUUAACCCCGAGCAAUAUGGGAACCUCAAAGAGGAGCUGACUUUCACAAGCGACUUGACUUCGGAUCAUCAUCCCAUGAUAUUUUCGGCGGCUUGUAUUCUGUAUAAUUUGCGCAUAGCGAAUAGUAGGAAGUCGGGCAUAGCGCGUUCCUGUAGGGGUCAUGGUGCGCAUGGACACGAAGUUCCUGCAGAUAGUCUUCUGUACUGCUCCUUCUGCCAUGGUUCGAAGUGCUUUGAGCACAUUCUAGCAAUUGGCAUACAUGCUGCUGAAGCCCUCGUUGUGCAGCACAUGGAGGAUAUCCACACCAGCUGGCAUCGGCUACAUGUCGAUAGUCGCAAAGGCCUCGUCCGUGAUAAUGUGCAAGCGAUUUCCUCGGGGAAUCUGUGUAUGAAGGAUCGGCUGGUGCUAAUGGCACAGAGGUAUCGACGAUGCAGACCAGUGUCAGCGAACACACAACAUGGUUGGUAUGAUGUAGAGGAGACUGAGGUGCGCAUGAAAUUGCUUGAUAAGGAUAUGACUGAAGAAAGUGCCUUGGGCGCUAUUCAGGCGGAUGAUGAGCGUCGUAGGGAUUCGGGCUCCACUCAUGGCGUGAUGCCGGUUCCGGUGCAGGAAACGGGACAAGUGCAGCCUGACCUUGAUAAAUCAGACGCCCCUGCGAGCACAGCUCAGGACACCUUUCCAUUUGAUAUAUUUCCUCCGAAUGAAAGCGAACCCAAUACGUACGCGCUCGACUAUCCCUCGAGUCCUCUUACGGAAAUUGACGAGCUUGAGUCUACGUCGGAAGAGGAAGCCUUAUCGACAAGGUUCAAACCCGGCGACAAAAGAGUGCUCUCGCCUUCAAUUGAGGAAGUGGGGAUCCAGUCUGCACCACUCAUUAUUCAUUCUCGGCCUGGCAAAACUAUGAGAUUUGAUCAUAUACUCCUUCCACCGGUGCCCUCGAACGUGUUUCCACUUCCUUUGAAGCGCCCCCAUUCUGUUGUCAAUGAGGAUCCCAAGAAAAAGGUGAAGACAAGUGUAGAAUACCUACCCAAGUCAGCAGGGCAUGAUGAGGAGCCUGACUUGACUCGUAAGCAAGACGGUGAUGAUCCCGUUACAGACGACUAUGCACCGAGUCUUGCAAAUGCAUUGUCUAACGCGGUAGAUCGCAAUUAUAAGACCUCCGACGCAAGCCACAGAUUGGGUUCAAACACUUAUGAGGUUGCCACAGAUACUAUUGCUGCUCACGUCAACUUUUCAAUAAAGAACUUACAAAACAAGAGUCGUCGACCGUCGAUUCCUUCCGAUGACAAAAGUCCAAACUCGUAUUCUGUGCGCAAAGAAUUGAAGGACUCGACCAUACCCCCGCCCACAAUCAAGACACCUUCGCAAGUAGCGCGGCGGUUCUCAUAUCCCUCAAAUAGAAUUUCCCACCGAAAGCGUCCAGUCCAACAACGAGCAGCUCUAGAUAAGGCGCCUUCCACUAAUUCCAAUCGGCUCAAAGGAUGUUCUGGAAAACCACCCGGCAUUCGAGUACAGGACUUCCCUGCGCAUGAAGCAAGGGUGAAGCAAGCAAACUCUUCUGGUGCCUAUAAACUUGCUCGCGUAGAAUCACUGCAUGCUGUUCGCACAGUCAGCACCAAACCCUGGAUCUUGCAGUCCAGUUCUGUCAUUCCGCAGAGUAGCAUUCCAGCUCGCGCUGUGUCACCACCUGACAUCUUGCCAUCUCCGCAUGUCGAUCCCGCCCCACACACUGAGGCUUCUUCAUAUACGUCUUCCCCUCCGAGACCUCAUCGAGCGCUUCAGGCUGAGCAGUCUGGUAGAAUGCCUGCUGAUGUAGGAAGGUUUAAGAACAAGGAUGACGACCAGGAUGACGACCAGUAUGUGGGUCAUGAAACCGAAGUGGAUUAUCAGAUACGACCCACAAAAGGUUCACAUCAACAAACCCAAUGCAACCUUCUUGCAACGCAGGUCAAACGUCUCGAGAGGGAAAAACAUGACAUGGCGCAACAGCUCAUUGGAGCGCACAGACAAAUUGAUGAAUUGAAGCAGGCCCUUAAAAUCGCACAUUUCCAGCAAGCGGAGACAAUGAGUCACAUCAAGCAAGCAUUGGAUAAAAACGAAUCGGCCGAUGCACUCAUGUAUCUUCACGACGAACCUGGGCGCUCACAGGCUCGUGAAUAUAUACCCCAGAGUUCAACGAGUACAAGCAAUAACCAUGGUUCAUUUCACAUGUCCGGUGGAUUGUCUGUUGCAGAUGAGCUGAUGACAAAUGCCGCAGGUGCUCGGGCUCUCGAACAUCUCACUUCUCAUUUUGCCACGAUAUCGCAAGCGCAAGGGACACAUUCAUUUGUUCCCAAUGUGCACAAUCGGAACUUCAAUGUUGUACCUCAAUUUUCGACACAGCUUGUGCUUAAUGGUGCUCCAGUUGGCUUGAACCCAUCAGGUCCCACAAUAGUACGGGGCCCUGGGCCUGAGGUACCUUACAGGAAUUUUACCUCUUGGAUGUCGCCUCAGACACAUGAUGUGGCAUCUAGCAGAGGAAUGCCAUCUGGAGGCCUAUUAAAUCACCAUCGUAGACCAAUGUUCUUCUACUCUCAAAAUGGACCCGACCAUAGUCUUGAUGACGAUGGUCAACGAGAGAGCACUCCGAACUCGGCGUGGCACAACGAUGGGCACCAGAGAGACCUCCAUAGUACCAGUAUAAGCGGUCAUCAUAGCUACCGUCCUUCAGAAAGUCAUGCUGGUGACGGCUCGUCACCCCUUCGUCAUGGAUUGCGCAGACCCAAGCAAGCCUAUGAUGAGACCGACUCUAAGGACGAGACCUAG